AUGGCUUCCACGACACCCUACGGCUCAAUCUCAGCACCCCAAGAAGAACACGAUACAUCCACAGUCUUUAAUUUGUCUUCAUCAUCUUCAACAGUUCGAUUUGGCACUCGUGAAGCCCUUGAACACCGCUCCGAUCUCGACAAACAACUCUCCAACCUCCACAAAUCCACCGAGCUCCUUGAGAUCAUCAAGGUCGAUUCCAACCACCUGCUCUCCAACGUCCGCUUCACAUGCGAUCUCGCUAGUCCCACGUCAAUGACACUCUUCUCCGCAUCGACGACAUCGUAG